AUGGAAGGUGAAUGGACGCAUGCAAGGAGAAGAAGAUGGAAGCAAUUAUCGAAGUCUGGAGAGUAUCCAAGAUGGAAUCGUGCCGGAGUCAUGUCGAUGUUUAUUUCAAAUCUGCCACAGGAGAUGGCGACGAAGAAGGCUGUAAAUAGGAAGUCAUUUGCGUUCGUGAGAUUCAAAAAGGCACUAUAUGUUAAUAUUGCAAGGUAUGAAAGGAAACAAGUGGGAGGCUCUAAUCGGCACCUGAAUCGUUUACCUCAGGCGACAAAGUUUACAAUCAAAGACAAAAGAACUUUUGCGGAAGUUGCGGUGAGUGGAAGUAAGUUCUGGAAUAUCCCUCCUCCCCCUCUUAUGAUGAAAUGUGAUCCUAUUAAGCUUUCUGAUGACUCUCCUCUUCGGGGAUGGAUGAAAUGUACUCAUACUUUGGAGGGUGUUUGGCUUAGCUUUUUAGAAGCCAAAAGUCCUUUUAGGAAAAGAUAG